GGUUGUGUAUUAAUACACUUUUACAUACAGCAACUUUCAGGUUAAUUAGAUGUAUGGACUUUGGGAUCACAUAAGCCUCAUGAUCUUGGGCAAGUUGUUUGAUUACAUUCUAAAUCUAAUUCAUAGGUUUAUGUAGAUUAAAUAGUAAUAUUUAUAUUUCACUUGAUUUAUAUUAACUGUGUGUGUUAUUUGGGACUCUUAACUAUCUGUAUUUUUUUCAGGCUAACAUUGUGGCCCUUGUAGCAGUUGCUGAACAUUCAAGAGAAUUUGAAAAGAUUAUUCAACUUUCAGAAAGGUAUAGUGGGUUCAUCCUGCCAUGCUUAGGUGUUCAUCCAGUGCAGGGGCUUUCACCAGAAGACCAAAGAAGUGUCAUAUUAAAGGAUCUGGAUGCAGCUUUGCCUAUUAUUGAAACUUACAAGGAUCAGUUGUUGGCAAUUGGAGUGGUAAAGAUGCGUUAGCUGAUCAAACAACCAGACCUGUAUAUGAUAUAUGAAAAUAAUCCUCAGUUCAGUAUUGGUUGGACUAGAUUUCUCUCCCAGAUUUGCUGGCACUGAUGAACAGAAGGAAGAGCAAAGACAAGUCCUAAUCAGACAGAUCCAAUUAGCCAAAAGACUAAAUUUGCCUUUAAAUGUUCACUCACGCUCCGCUGGGAGACCUACCAUCAGCCUCCUACGUGAGCAAGAUGCUGACAGGGUACUGCUGCAUGCAUUUGAUGGUCGACCGUCUGUAGCCAUGGAGAGCGUCAGAGCUGGGUACUUCUUCUCGAUUCCACCAUCUAUCAUAAGGAGUGGACAGAAGCAGAAACUUGUGAAACAGUUGCCUUUGACAUCUAUCUGCUUAGAAACAGAUUCACCUGCACUAGGGCCAGAAAAACAGGAUGGGGCUAACGGCUGUGGUGAGCACUGAAUGGGUUGCCAGUUUGGAUCUGGAGUGUCUCUUGAAGGUACACAACUGCUUUGGAACUCACUGAAUUUGGUACUUGGGACAUUUUGACAAGAAAAUUUUGUCUCUGUACUCACCCUUUGUUGGGUAAUCAAUGUGCAGGCUAGAUAGAACUUGGCUUCAAUUGCUUCUGACUUGCUACGCUCUCUAGCCACAACAAUUUGUUUGAUACUCAUGGUCACACCUCCUGGAACCAAUUAACAGCGAGUACAGAGGUACCACUGGAAUUAGCCCAUGACCCAACUCUGGCCAAAGAGACCUGAGAGGAAUCUGCUGGAAAGAUUCUCCUCACAGACUGUGCCUUGGCCCAUUUCCUGCUUGAGAAACCACCACAUGAGAAGGGGAGCUUGGAGCUACUGCCAGUUGAGGAACACAGGUUGUUGGUGUUGGGGUCUGGAGGCUUGGGCUCUCCCUCUGCAACCCUGCACUUCUUCACUCUUCCUUCUCCUCUUAAAGGAAAAGAAACUCAAGCAAACACUUCCAUGGGGCCCAGCUUUUGGCGUGCCUGGGCCCCACUGACUAUCUUGCAGGCAAACUCCCUCAGGGGUGCCCAGGCUGUGCCUCCUCCACCUUCACCCCACCCUGCUCAGGAGGUCCCUCCACCCAGCCACCUUGGCACAUCCUCAGCAGCCUGUCCCACGUCCCCCGAGAAGAGCAGUGAGUUGGGGACUCACAGGCGAGUCCAACUGCUCACUUCCACCCCAUGCUGGGCCUGGUGAGGACAGUGUGCCGCGGGAUGUGUGGGCCACACCCACUUUUGGCCCCUUUCCCUUCAGGGCUGUCUUCUUCAUCCCAGGCCUGUAUUCCCAGAAGUCGGCACAGCUUGGGGUCCCGGCGAGUGACAGUGGAGUGAGUGAAUGAAUGGAUGAACACGUAACAAAGGCUGGCAAGAUCAGUGAGGCACAGGGCUCUCCACAGCUCCGGGACAAAGCUACAAAACCAUGAGCUUAGAUUCCAGCCUAGGGUGGCACAGGUGGCUUUAGUCACCCUGGCUGUGGCCUUCAUGCUGGGCACCCAUGCCCUGCACCAGCCACCUCUGCCCCAGUACCCAGGUCCUCAGCCAGACAGGGCCUCAGGUCUUCCACUGUCAUCCAAACAGGGCAGGCUGUGGGGUGUACGGUCCUAGCCAGCAGGGACUGUGGCCCUCCCCGCUGUGUACCCCCAGGGACAGCCUCCUAGUAGGCAAUUGGUAAAUGUUUUGAUCUGAAUGUCUUCAUCCCCUCCCAACCCAAGGUGACAGUGUUAGGCAAUGGGGUCUUGGGGAGCUAAUUAGGAUAGAUUCCUCUCGAAUGAGAUUAAUGCCUUUAUAAAAGGAAUCCAGGAAACUCCUCACCCUGUCC